AUGGCGUCAACUAAUCUGCCUGACGCACCAGAGCCCAUUGAGGCCUUUACUGGCUUCAUCAAUCCUGCCACUUUGCUCGACCUGGCCCGCCGCUUCUCGGCUACAUACAGCGAUCUUGCCAGGACCUCGACAGAGCACUUCCUCGCCACCCCCGUCACGGCCUUGCCGACCGGAAAAGAGAAGGGCAGAUUCCUGAGCAUCGAUGUCGGUGGCACCAAUCUAAGAGUUGGCUUCGUUGAGCUAAUCGGAGAGCCAGAUGGCCCUGCGGAUACCGAGCGUCAGCGGAGCAGCACCGUGGGGGACAAUGUCUUUGCUCAGAUCAACAGGAGCCAUGACAAGAACUGGCCAAUUGGGGAUCAUCUGAAAAUGGACCAGGCCGAGGACCUUUUUGCCUGGAUUGGCGACUGCAUUGCCGAGGUGGUACAGAGCGCUCUCAAAGAAGAGAGGAAUAGUAAACGUGUCACGUCGCCUCUUGGAGACGAGAUCCUGCUUGGUAUUACCUUUAGCUUUCCAAUGGCCCAAACUCGUAUCUCAGAAGCGACUCUGCUGCCAAUGGGCAAAGGCUUCGCCAUUACCUCAGACUUGAACCUGGGCAAGAUGCUUCUUGCUGGGUACGCACGGCACUGCCGCGUCUCUGAGCACAAUCAGGCGCCAUUGCCGAGGAUACGAGUUGCUGCCAUCACCAACGAUACGGUAGCGACGUUUGCGUCUCUUGCCUACGCAGUCAAGGCCUCGCCCCAUAGCCGUGUCGCAAUGGGAUUGAUUGUCGGUACUGGAACCAAUGCAACAGUCCCCAUGAAGCUGGAGCGCCUACAUCCCGCCAAAAAGAGCGCUUUGGCCAAUCCUGACGCGGUCGAUACUGUGGUUAUCAACACUGAAUGGACAAUACGCGGCACCGACAAACCCUUGGUUGAUCUCAACAUCAAGACGCCCUGGGAUAUGACACUUGAUGCUAAUAGCGAUGCACCAGGCUUCCAGCCGUUUGAAUACAUGACCUCUGGGCGAUAUCUUGGCGAGAUUGUGCGCCUGAUAUUCGUCGAUGUCGUCUCCAGAGAGGAAGGCGUCCAGAUCCCAUCGUCGCUGCUAGCUAGGAAUACCCUACCAACUCGGUUUCUGUCAGAAGUCAUCGCAAGAAAAGGGGGCCGCAUCGUGCAACAGGAGCUCGAGAGCAGGUAUCCGGAACCAAAUGAUGCUGAAGAUCCAUUCUGGACGGUAGACAGGGUAGAGAUGAUCCGGGAUAUCGCCGAGGCCGUUCAGCAGCGAUCCUCGGCCCUAGUCGCUGCUGCAUGUGUGGGGUUGCUAAACUGUGUGGGUGAGAUUUCGCUCGAUGGCGCAAAAUCUCCUAGUAAUGGCAAUGGCGCCCACACCAAGGGCAAGCGGGAAAUUGAGGAGUUGGUCAUAGCCUAUGCUGGCGGCACGAUAUCGCAAUAUCCAAAAUGGCUGCAAACAUGUCAGCAGUGGAUCGAUAUCCUGGUGGAAGAAGGCUCUUUCGCAAAUUCGGCCAAGCAAGUCACGCUCAAGGAAGCUAAAGACGGUGGCAUUGUCGGUGCUGGAGUGCUGGCAGGCAUGACGGAUGAAAUGGCAUGA